AGAUCAUGUCAUCUGAGCUUGAAUUAUUGAAAUAGCGCAUCACUGAACUUGAGGAUGAGAAUAUGGCAUCCCAAAAUAAUUUGGGCAGCAUGUAUAACACAGUGUCUGAUGCUGAAAUAGCUGAACUUAAGCACAGUAAUAUCGAGUUUCUAAGAGCGAAUGAGGAAUAUAACGAGAGGUGUGAUGCUGAAAAUGCCAAACUUAGGGCUGGAAUCGUGGAGUUGAAAUCUGAGAAUGCUGAGCUUAGUGAUCGUGUCACAAAAGUGAAACAGAACCAGUUACAAAAUGACUCAGCUGAAGGCAUUCAGGGUAAGGGAAAUAUUACCCCUAACAAUAACCCAUCUAACUUCAAUUUGG